AUGGCCGCCGCCGCCGCCGUGAUACCCUCGAAGAUGACCGCGCUCUACUACGAAAAAGCUCGUCACUUUUCAGUCAUCCAGGCUGAUCUCCCGACGAUCGAUGAACACGAGGUAUUGCUGAAAGGUUUCGAAGCCCAUGGGGUGACCCUCAACGGCGGCUUUGCGCAAUAUGCAAAAUUCCACGCGGCCAAGGUGUUCCCGAUCAAGAAUCUGACCGACGAGCAAGCAACCUUGGUCGAGCCUGCCUCAUGUGCCGUCCACGGACUCGACAAGAUCCGUCCCAAACCUGGCAGCGAGUGCCUCUUGAUCGGCGCCGGUCCCACAGGGCUCAUCCUUGCCCAACUUCUCAAUGAUUCGGGCAAGAUUCGUACCGAGGGGAUGGUGACUGAUAUCUUCAAAAUUGAAGAAUAUCAACAAGCCUUGGAUAAGAUGGCCAGUCGCCAAUGUCUCAAGAUCGCUGUCAGACCUACCCAUUAG